CUGCUUUGGGAGGGCAAAAGCUUUCACAGAGAGGAAAGAGACAGUUCUGUCGUCAGGACAUUGACUCUCUCACUUGGUCAAGAAGAACUGACUAGUGAAAACUUCUAGUGAUGUAGCAGUGUCGGUCACAGGACAUUAGAGAGACAAGAACAGGUGAAAGCUAAAGCAUUGCACCAAAAUAUUGCAGCCUUUGUACAUUGCAAAUGAAAUCUGAAGUGCUGUGCGAGGCACUGAAACAGACAGUCUGAACUUCUGUAGGCCCUCAUCUAAAUUAAUGUGACCUAUUCUAAGGAUUCCCCCUCCAGUCAGAGGUCUUCCACCAUGGCACCUGGCAAGGAGCGGAAAAUAUUAUAUGAAGAUGUCGCAGAAGAUGUCUCUGAAGACCAUGAGGAGGUCAUCAGCACGAUCUACAACAGACCGGUCCCGCAGCAGUCUCCGGAGUCCAAUGGUGAACCAUUCGCCACCUACUUUGAUGAGAAGAUCCCUAUCCCUGAAGAUGAAAAGCACUCAUGGUUUAGCUUCCGCAAACUCUGGGCCUUCACAGGGCCAGGUUUUCUCAUGAGCAUCGCCUACCUGGAUCCUGGCAACAUCGAGUCGGAUUUACAGUCAGGCGCUGUCGCAGGGUUUAAGCUGCUUUGGGUUCUGCUGCUGGCCACUGUCAUUGGUCUCCUCCUGCAACGUCUGGCGGCGAGGCUGGGAGUGGUAACAGGACUGCACCUUGCAGAAAUGUGUAACCGGCAGUAUCAAAAGGUCCCUCGAAUUAUGUUGUGGCUGAUGAUUGAACUCGCUAUCAUUGGGUCGGAUAUGCAAGAAGUAAUUGGCUCUGCAAUCGCUAUAAACCUCUUGUCUGCUGGGAAAGUCCCUUUGUGGGGUGGAGUGCUCAUAACUAUUGCUGACACUUUCAUGUUUCUGUUCUUGGACAAGUAUGGCUUGCGAAAACUGGAAGCAUUUUUUGGCUUUCUUAUUACCAUCAUGGCGCUUACAUUUGGAUAUGAGUAUGUAACAGUAAAACCGGACCAGGGAAAGCUGCUGAAGGGGAUGUUUAUACCUUACUGUGACAAGUGCGGUACCCAGCAGCUAGAACAAGCUGUGGGGAUCGUGGGAGCGGUCAUCAUGCCACACAACAUGUAUCUGCAUUCUGCUUUAGUCAAGUCGAGGCAGGUGAAUCGUGCAGACAAGAGGGAGGUGCAAGAAGCCAAUAAGUAUUUCUUCAUAGAGUCCUGCGUUGCCCUCUUUGUCUCCUUCCUCAUUAACGUCUUCGUCGUCUCUGUUUUUGCUGAAGCUUUUUUUGGGAAGACGAAUGAACAAGUGAACAAAGUCUGCACAAACAGCAGCAGCCCCCAUGCCGGACUCUUUCCAAAUAACAAUGAAACCUUGGAAGUGGAUAUCUACAAAGGGGGUGUUGUUCUGGGAUGUUAUUUUGGCCCUGCUGCUCUUUACAUCUGGGCAGUUGGGAUUCUUGCUGCAGGUCAGAGUUCAACAAUGACUGGGACCUACUCUGGGCAGUUUGUCAUGGAGGGAUUCCUCAACCUGAAGUGGUCGCGUUUUGCUCGAGUGAUUUUGACCCGCUCCAUUGCCAUCACUCCAACCCUGCUGGUUGCCAUUUUUCAAGAUGUUGAACACCUGACUGGGAUGAAUGACUUCCUAAACGUUCUUCAGAGCUUACAGCUUCCCUUUGCUUUAAUCCCAGUCCUCACGUUCACCAGCCUGCAUCCUGUGAUGAAUGACUUUGCCAAUGGACUAGGCUGGAAGAUCGCUGGCGGUGUGCUCAUUCUCAUUGUCUGCUCCAUUAACAUGUAUUUUGUGGUGGUCUAUGUCAGCGCAUUGGGACACCUUGCCUUGUAUGUGGUUGCAGCCGUUGUCUGUGUUGCCUACCUGUGCUUUGUUGCAUAUUUGAGCUGGCUGUGUCUGAUUGCUCUUGGGAUUUCCUUCCUGGCCUGUGGGCAAACGUAUCGGCUGGGACUUACUACUCACCCUGAACAAUUCCUUCUGAACAAUGUUGAUGCAGACUCAAAUGUGACUAGAUGAUUCCCUGAACUGCAGUAGCAAGAACAAAAACAAUCUUGAAGCCCCUUUGUGCUGCGGAAAAGGAUUUUCCUUACUUUUGGUUAGUUCAGAAACGGGUAUGGUCAAGCAUCAUGAAUGAUGGAAAGAUUUCCUCCAAGAAGGAGCACGGGAUAAAACUGACAUCUGCAGAGGAGUGUCAGAUGGAAUCAACAGACAUUGCACUUGACAUCAGCCAUGAAGGUUCUCAUAGGACCAAUGAAGAGCCAGAGUCAAACCAGUUCAUAAUAUCACACACCCUAUGGGUUUGUCUUCCCUUUAGGUACUCAAAAUAUUUUCUUUAAUCCUUUUUUUAAUUGUAAAUUAUUUGGGGAGUAAAUUAUAGAUAUUUGAAUAUCUUAUUGAUUUAGAUCUAAACUUAUUCUGCUUGGUGUUUCUUAGGCCAACUAAAUGAUGGGACACUAACAUGUUUUCCAGCUUUUGGAAGAUUGUCCAAAUGAGUAAUAUUAAGAUUUUACAUUUGAUUUUGAAUCUCAUUUAUGAAGUACACUAAGGAGACUACACAAUGAGAAA